AUGGCAUGGGCGGAAACGUGGACUCAGCAACAGUUAGAAAGGUGUCAAGUCGAGGCCAAGAAGGUGGCCAGCCCUCAAUACGGUGUUGUUCACGGCCGGUUUAUCCCAUCAGAAGCGACGCUGCCUUUUGAUCGAGCACGACAAAAAUCCGGACAUAUCUUCAAAGGCCGAUUUAGUCCGAGCUCCGUCCGUCAGCAGCCCAAUACAUCUUGCUUGCCUGAUGUUGCUGACGAAGUGGCUGGCACAAGCAAGGGACGCGCUAAUUGGCUGAUGCUACGAGGAUUUUUCUCUUUUAUAUCUUCAACUCUUUUUAAUUAUGUCAAUUUCCUUUCCCGCAUGUCUUUCAUUGGACAAAUAAAGCCAAGGGUCCUUACGGGGCCCCCCCGCCCCCCCGGGCGCCCCCUGUGGGUGAGGCCAAGAGGGGUCCCUCCCCUGUGGCCCCUUGAGCCAACGGAGGUUCCCUACGCCCCCCCUGUGCCCCUGAAGCCAAGGGUCCCUACCGCUCCCCCCCCACCCGCCCUGAUGCCCCGUGCAGCCAAGGGGUUCCCUACGCCCCCACCCCUCCCCUCUGUGCCCGUGACCCAAGGGUCCCUAUGCCCCCUUCCCCCCUGUGCCCCUGAGCCAGGUCCCUACGCCCCCCCCCCCCCCAACUGUGCCCGUGAGCCAAGGGUCCCUACGCCCCCCCACCCCACCCCACCCUUGAUGCCCUUCUACUUCGCCCCCGCAAGACGCCAGAUCGGACCCGCUCGCGAGGACUCCGUUCGGACUCUGCCGCUGUCGCUGACUCUCGUCUCCGUCAGAGUCAUCGUAAUUGUCAAUAAAGAUUCCGGUUUGUUAUUUGUUCUGAGUUCCUCCUAUGAGCAAAGUCCGAGCAAAGGUCCCUCCAUCUGCAAAGUCCCUCCAUGA